CUUUAGAUACCACUGCCAUCUAACCAUGAAAUUCUGAAACAAUGAAAAAUGUUUUGCUUCCACGUUGAAAUUUGUUGGACCGAUCCACGACUGAAUAAAUAAAUAUUAUCUAUUAGAUUUUUGUAUACAUCUGAGUCUGAAUCAAUUCAUUUCUUUGCUUAUAACAACGUAAUUAAGCAGUUGAUGACAAUUGAAUUCUGACGUGACGAGAUUUGAUCGUAUUGGAACCAUCGUUCGACAAUCAGACCAAGAGAAUCGCAAUAAAAUUAUGACAGAGCAAGAAAACGAGGAAUUGGCACCAUCGAAUCUGGGCACUCUCGAAUUCUGGGAGAACACGUAUGCCCAGGAACUCGACAACUUCCGCGAUCACGGCGACGUGGGCGAGAUAUGGUUCGGCACAGCCAACUCGCGCAAGGUUAUACGAUGGAUCAUUACGAAAUCAGAUAUAAACAGAGAAAGCGAUAAGAUAAUCGACGUAGGAUGCGGUAAUGCAAUGACCUUGGUGGAACUCGCAAAACAAGGAUUCGCGAACUUGACGGGAGUGGAUUAUUCACAAAAAGCGGUAGAUCUCGCUCGUAUGGUGUUGAACGAUAACAAUUUACCAAAUGUGAAAUUGGAAGUUUGCGACAUUCUGAAUAAUACAUUAUCGCACGACUUUAAAGUUGUUCACGAUAAAGGCACUUAUGAUGCUAUUAGUUUAAAUCCGGAAAAUCCAACAGCGAAGCGACAGAAAUACGUAGAAAAUAUACACCGUAUCCUUUUGCCAGAAGGAUAUUUAGUAUUGACUUCCUGCAAUUGGACCAAGGAAGAAUUAUUGAAACACUUCACGAGUCAUUUUGAACUUGAAAGUCAACUUCCUACAGAUACAUUUCAGUUUGGUGGGCAGACAGGAAACAUUGUAACACAAUUGGUAUUUAGGAAAAAGUGACAAUGAAAAAAUAUUUUAUAUAUCGCAGUGCAUUACAUCGAAAUAAAUGAGAUAUUUAUGUAUAAUCUGUAUAAAAAUUUUGGUAAUCACCUUCCACAGGAGAAUAAAUAAAUAUUUUGAAAAGAUUCAAGAUUUUAUUUGUGCACAAAAUAUUUAAGUACAUAACAUGAUAUUAGAGUGAGACUAAUUAAUUAGUUCUACAUUUUCUUUUAACUCUAUCAUUACAUUAUAAAGUUUACAAAAGAUACUUAUACUAUAAUAAAUUAAAGUUUGCAAUAAAUCUCUGUGAGAUUAAUAAAUAUUCUAAAUAUAUGAAAGAGUACAGAGAGGAAUAAAUAUAUUUUAUCGAGUGCAUUUAUAUUAGUAGUACUUAAGGCAUUAUUGGCAAAAGUUCAUAUUUCUCAAAAAGACUUACUUCAAUGAUCAUAUUUAAAUCGAUUUACAGAAUUAAGAUGAAAAUUUUUGUGUUAUUUUGUACGGUAAAGAAAAUAUAAUACAUGUAUUGUAUAAUUAACAUUAAAGAAUAAAUUAUAUUAAAUAUAUUAAUAUGUACAUCUAAAAUGAAUGUCUUUUAAUGCUCUUAACAUGAAAUUUAAUCAUAUACACACUAUAAAAAUAUGCAUAUUACUAAAACAUUAAUCUUUUAUUUAGACUUCUAAAGAUAGUUAAAUUCAACAAUCUAAUUAAUCAAUCUAAUAAUAAAUUUAAUCUGAAUU